AUGACUCUUUCUUAUCAGAUUUUGCUCUCAAAAGCUCCCGGCAAUGUUCGCGACUACGAUAGUUCCAGUGAUUGGCUUAAAAUCUACCAGCCGGGACAUCAGCCUGGCUCUAACCCUACCCUACUCAAAAUUCUGAGGGUAUGUAACCAGGAGCAGCCAUUGUUCAAGUAUGAUAGAUGGGAAAAGCCACAGCUAACCGUUUUCUCGCUCCUAGAAGCCGCUGUGUCCAAACAACAACAACUCGAAUGA